CCCAUGUAAACUCAAAAAUCAGUUUGUGAUUGUCGCCGAUCAUGUGUGGUUGUGUUUUCCGUUCUUGAAACAUGUGCUGGCUAUUAAACGUUGGCCGAUCGUCGAUGUUGUUAAUAUUGUGCGUCCGUCUAUCCUGUGAUAAUGUCAAAUAUAGUUACUGUUGAAAAGAAAUCGGAAUCCAAGUCUAAUCUUCAGUACUCUCCCACAAUUCGUAUUCAUGCAGACCUCUUUGAACCUACUGAAAGCAGAUAUCCUGUUUUCAACUAUCAGAAACUACUCGUCGAAGAAAAAAGACGACGUCGAAGAGAUCAACAGUCAAAUUUGUUUGACGACAAUGAUGAAUCAAUAAAACAAUUAGCUGAUCAUUAUGAGCAUAAAUAUGGAUCUACUAAUGUCAAAAAAAAGAAAAAGAAGAAAACUGCUUUCUAUAAUUAUUCAGAACUUGCAGCUGGUUAUGAUGAAAAUGAUUCAUUCAUUGAUAAUACUGAAAUAUUUGAUGAAGUUAUGCCUGAAGAAGUUGAAACAGCUCAUGGUGGUUAUUAUGUAAAUACAGGUUCUUUGGAAUUUAAAAAAGUUUAUAUUUCAGAAGAUUCUGAAGAUUUAAAAUCUAGUCAUCGUCGUAAGAAUAUUAUCAAUACUGUAUUAGAAGAUAGUGAUGAAAAACUUCCAAGUUUUGCUGCAUCAAAUAAUUCAGAUAAAGAUUCACCUCUUGAAACAAAGACUUCAGAGACAUCUAAAGGAUCAUCAGUUAGUUCUGAAGAUGAAAAAGAACCAAUUAAACCAGCAAAUUUAGUUCAGCAGUCUACUGUUUCUAUCAAUGGCAAGACUAAAAGAAGACAGUCUAUUGAUUCUGAUAGUGCUAGUUCUUUAAUUCCUACUAAAAAGAAAAAAAUGAACUCUGUUAAAGUAUUGUUACAAGAGAAAAGAAUUCAACUACCCGAGCUUCAGCCAAGCUGUUCAAAAGAUACUCAGUUUUCAUCAACUGUAGAAGCUCCAGUAACAGAGAUCAAUGUAAAUUCAAUCAACGAUACUAUUGAAUCUGUAAUUAAUGCAGCUUGUACAAAACAUCCAAAUUCAACAUCAAUCAGUGGUGAGAAUGAUGUUAAUCCUCAAAUUUUAAUGGAAAUCAUUGAAUCCCUUAAGACUGAAGCUAAAUUAGUAACUUCAAAAAACACAAGACUUUUUUCAGAUCAAAUGAAUAUGUUACUAUUAAGUCUUGAAUACCAAAAAGAAAUAUUUUCCUUUAAUGCUAAUUCAAUUUAUGAAAUGUUGGCUGUGUUUAUGGUAUGUGACAAAGAAAAACUUGUUAAACAAGUAAAUAAGUUAGUUGAUGCUGAAGAAGCUAAAAUUUCUGAUCUAAUUAUAAG